AUGAACGACGAGCACAUCACCAUUUCCCCCCAUUCGAACACAAAACCAAACAGGUUCCGAACUUUCACCGUAACUUUCUUCUCAAAACCCAUCAAAACCAUCGUCACCGCCACCCCUGCCGUCGUCCGCAAAUGGCUCAGCAGAGUCCUCUAUUUCCACCGUAUCCGCAGCCACAAGCUCGUCGUUGGCCUCGGUGUUCAAUGGAACCCUUCCUCUCCCAUUGACCGCCCACCGGCAUCCACUCUCCAACUUUGCAUCGGAAGCCAAUGCCUCAUCUUCCAACUCAUGCACGCCAACGCCGUGCCCUUAGCUCUCCGCCGUUUCUUGGCGGAUCCUCGUAACACUUUCGUCGGUGUUUGGAACCAUAGAGACGAAGCCAUGCUAUCUUGCUCGAAGUACGGGCUGAAAGUUUCGAGACUGAUCGAUGCUCGUGAAGUUGCGGCCGAGAGAAAUGGGUUGAGCAGACAAAUCUCGAUGGAGGGAUUGGCUGAGAUUAUAUUGGGUGCCGGUGGUGUUGAGAAGCCUAAACGGAUUGGUUGCAGUGAUUGGGAUAAUUAUCGUCUUUCUUUGGAGCAAGUCCAGUAUGCUUGUGUUGAUGCUCAUGUGAGCUUUGAAUUGGGUAGAGCGUUGAAAGCUUGGAAUUGGGAGAAGAACUGA